AUGACCCCAAAGCAGCGAAGGCUGACAAACCCACAAAAGAAAGAAAAACAAGAACAUCUCCUGCUGCUGCUGCUGCAGCAGCAGCAGCAGCAGCAGCAGACGGAGAAACUGAAGCAGCAGAAUCCCCUUCAGCAGCAGCAGCAACAGCAGCAACAGCAGCAGCAGCAGCAGCAGCAAAAGGAGGUGGUGAAACUAGAAAGAGAAAACGCGGCGACGAGAGCAGCCCAUCAUUAG